GAUCCUCGCGGGAUUUCAGUUCGGCUCUCUCGGUUCGGGCUCUGUGGGUGUGACGAGAAGAAGGAUGACUGCGCUUCAGUAGUUUCUGAUCCGGAACUAGUUUUUUUCAGGAAACCCGGAAGGAGUAGGUGGCGCGCGCGAAGCGUGUUCCUUGUUCUGGCUUGGAGGACUGCGAGGCGAGCGAGCCGUGCUCCAGAUGCUCUCCAAGUUCUUGACUAUGGAGUAUUUGGUUCAUCCUGGUACACUCAGCUUGGCUGCUGGAGUUGCUUGUGGCAUGUGCCUGGGCUGGGGCCUCCGGAGCCACCUUGGGAUGUACCCCCAGAACUCAGCAAGUGAGACAAACAGAGACACAGAGACUGGAACUGAAGCAAGCAUCUUGGGAGAGAGUGGGGAAUACAAAAUGAUUCUUGUGGUUCGGACUGACUUAAAGAUGGGGAAAGGGAAGGUCGCUGCCCAGUGUUCUCAUGCUGCGGUUUCUGCCUACAAGCAGACUCAGAGGAGAAGCCCUCAAGUGCUCAAAGAGUGGGAGUACUGUGGCCAGCCCAAAGUAGUGGUCAGAGCUCCUGAUGAAGACGCCCUCAUUCAGUUACUCACCCAUGCAAAAGCCUUGGGACUGACUGUAAGUUUAAUCCAAGAUGCUGGACGUACUCAGAUUGAACCAGGUUCUCGAACUGUCCUGGGAAUUGGGCCAGGACCAGUAGAACUAAUUGAUGAAGUUACUGGCCACCUAAAACUUUACUAGAUAAGCUUUUGCUUGAUGGUGAUUCUGUCCGAAGACUGGAGCCUGUCAGUAACAAUAAAUGCUUAAUUCUUGUCCCACUUUAAAAUCUGUUCCCAUGUUCCUCUACCAUGUACUGGACCAUUAAUAUCGUGAGCUUACAAUGCUAUUGAUGGAUUAGGGGGAUGGGUGCCUCAGUGAUUCAGGGCAUUUGUUCCUCUUGCAAAGGAUGCUGGUUCAGUUUCCAGUGUCUGGAUGUCAAUUUACAACCAUCCAGUUCCAGGGAAUCUAACACUCUCAAUCACAAGGUAUGCACAGCAUACAUUUAUACAUGAAGGCAAACCCUCAAAAAUCCAGAGAAUACAUAAAUACAAAGUUAAGUCUCAAGAAUAAAAAUACAUUCUCUAAAUGCUCCUGCAGAAUGAUAGGGUCUUAAACGGAUUGGAAGAGAGACAGUGCUCAUGAUGACAUCCGGGUGAGAAGGGCUGCGUUUCCCAUGUACAGUUAGGCCUAUACUGAUUACUCUUCUCAAACCACGCUGCUGUCCUUGCCUUUUUGGGGAUCUGGUUCAAAAAAUCAUAUUGGAAUUUUUCCUGCUGCUACUUUUUGAAUGACUGUUAACCUCUUUUUAUUAUUAACAGGCCAUUGCAUAGACCCACUGAGCAAUUUUGAUUCAGAUAUUAACUAGCUAGACUUUUUGAGGUGGUCUCAUAUUGUAGCUCAGACUAAUCAGACUUGUGGAAUUUCUCCUGCCUUGACCUCCUACCUGGGAGGGAUGGAAGUUGGGAACCAUCAUACCCAGCUACUCUCUAAAUUCAUUUCUACUUCACAGUUGAAUUUUUAUGAUCUAUGUAGCAUUGUGUUGUUUAUUUCUCCAGAUCCACCUAAGAUAUUUCACAGCUGUUCAAAUUCAUAAACUGAAAAUCCCUCUACUUCAACAGUGAAACCAAUGAGUUUGUGAAAUGAUACGGAUUUACAAUGUGGAAAUGUGCCGGGCAGUGGUGGCGCACGCCUUUAAUCCCAGCAAUGUGGAAAUGUGAGAAUUUAUGGGAACUAAAGGACUAUAGUUGUACCCAGCCAGUUUCUCCUGGAAAUUUCAGGACCUAAAUAAUUUUAUUACUUUAGGGCACUUUUUCUCCCUGUAUCCCUGAGCCUGAAACUCACUGUGGAACAGGCUGAUCUAAACUCAGAGGUACUCUGACCUCUGCCUCCCAGUGCUGGGAUUAAAAACAUGCACUAGCAUGCCUGCCUACAUAAAGCUUUCUUGACAGUUUACUAGAAUUCAUUUUUCUUGAUAGUUCUAAAAGAUUGACAGUGAUUUCCAAGUUCGUUAUAUCCUUUAAAACUAUAAAUGAUGUUAAGGAAAGUAAGACGGUAAGUGGGAACUAGGCAGAAUGAUGAAGACAACUGUAGGCAGUCUCCAAGUUCAAGUGCUUAGUGCAUUUUUAUCAUACAGAAGCAUAAAUGGUACAGGACCAAUCACAGCACUGAAUGAUGCCACAGUAGCAACAGUUUCUAGACAGAAUGUUUAUACACGAGUCAAGUGAUGCAACCACAUGUAACUGAGUUGAACUCAAUCUUAAAUACAUGGUUAUGACUCAGGUAAUUUAUGAGGCUUGCUGCAGACAAAUGGUUCCACACUAAAAGAUUCCCAGCUGGGGUGGCUGAUUCAAGGACCUGUAAUAAGCUGGGCCUUACUUAACAAGGACAUAGUAAAACUUGUUAAUUCUGGUGACAAGUCACGGUAUUUUUCUGGUUCACCUGUUCUUGUAUAUACUUCAUAGGACUUCCAGAGUAGUUCUCAAAACAUACCCUGCAGAGCCCAAGGAGUUUGCUACCUAGUGUCAUUAGCUUGAAUGAAAGGGAUUUUCUGUUCUAGUAUGUUCCUACUGAUGAUCUAUCUACAUGAACAAGGAGCCAUCAUUUCAUUCUCAGCCCCGCAUUCACAGCAAAGUCUCACUUGUCCUGAUGAAGCAGUUAAACAGCAGCAUUUUUUUUUUUUUUCCCCAGUGUAGGUAGGGGAAGGGCUUUGGGAACUGAAAACAGGGCAAUAGGAAGUCUUUUUAUGGAAGUCCUCCUUGGUAGGUGGCCCAUGCUCCUGUAGAUGGCCCCACAUGCUUUCAAACAGUGUCAGCAUUGAUUGAACUCAGUGCACUGUUAUGAAAAAGAGAUUAACCUGAGAGGGAGUUGCGUAAGGGUUGGGGUGCUAGGCUCAUAGUACAUUGUAUACUUAUAUGAAAUUUUCAGUGAAUAAAAAAGUGAUUAAAAACAU